AUGAAGAAAAAAUGGAAAUUUCAUGGAGUAAAAGGCAUCAAAAUCAUCACCUCCUCCGAUGUUGCCGCCGCCGUCUUCUUCUAUUGCUCCGCCCUUUCCUUCCCUUCUCCACCACCUCCCCACCCAACCUACUCCUUACCUGCAACUUCUACAACACCUCCGCUUUCCCGAAACCCUUAUCCUUUACUAACUCCUCCUCCCCCACCCAACUAUUCGCCUCCUUUCAAUUCGAAUUACCAUUUUAAUUUCAGUCAGUCCAGUUAUGGUACUAGAUCUGUAAUCUAUCAAAAUCAGUAUCCUCCUUAUUAUCAUUCUCACAGUAAUAACAGAUGGGGUAGGUAUCGGCCUCCGCCGCCACCUCCACCACCCGUUGUCGGCAGUGCCGUAUGUGGAUUAUCAAAAUGCGAAGAAGAUUAA